UUGAAGGCUGGGGUGCAGGAGGGGGAGAAGUUUGCCGGACAAAUGGAGAGCAUGCCGGGUCUGCUGCCACUGCUGCUGGGCCUGCUGGUCCUCUCUGCAGGAAGUGAUGCCAGACGGAUCAGGAAAAGAGGACUCAACCAGAAGGACUAUGAGUACCCCAACCAGUCCCAGUCCACACAGCACCAGAAGAAUGACCGGUGUCCGCCACCUCCGCAGAUGCUGCCAGAGCGGGCCUGUGAGGUGCCCGGCUGCCGAUCUGAUUCAGAGUGUGAGCGACACAAACGCUGCUGCUACAACGGGUGCAUCUAUGCCUGCCUUGAGUCCGUCCAGCCCCCUCCAGUGCUGGACUGGCUUGUACAGCCAAAGCCUCGGUGGUUAGGGGGGAAUGGCUGGCUUCUAGAUGGACCUGAGGAGGUGUUGCAAGCUGAGGCCUGCAGCACAACCGAGGACGGCGACGAGCCCCUCCACUGUCCUACAGGCUAUGAGUGCCACAUCAUCAACCCAGGGAACCCGGCCGCUGGCAUCCCUAACCGGGGACAAUGCAUUAAACAGCGUGGCAACUCCGAUGGGCGCAGUCUGAGACACAAAUACUUCAAGGACUACAAGGAUUACUUGGGAACCAACUCGAACAACGCUGUAGGGUACGAAAAACAUCACCAGAAGCACCUGGGAUGAAAUCCAUCAGACCUCAUCAGACCUCACCAUAGCAUAACCUCAAGUCCUCCUCAGUCUCCUCUUGACACACGUGAAGCAGAAUUAGACCUGGCCUGCUUCCUUCAACCUACAGCUCAUACAAACCAUCACUUUGAAACUUUUCUUUUUGACGCCCCCUGGAAUACUUUUACAGCCACAUUGCAAUCAGCUCUGACGCUCAUAUUCAACUGUAGACAGAGGUGAUAUUUCCAUUUUCCUUUGUCUAUCGCUCUG